UUAUACUAUAACAGACUAGUUGAAUGUACAAGAUUCAAGCUAUUCAUAUGUUAUGUCAAUUCCACUUCACAUUGUCAAAUUGGAUAAUCCAUUGGACAAGUAGAGCAAAGCCUGUUUUUGGUAUUGCCUUUGGUUUUGCACUUCAACUCUGUUUUUAUAAAGAUAUGUGGAAACGUUUUCUUGCAAAUGUGCAGCCAAGAAAGAAUUCCCUACCAGUUCAAGGGAGUUUUGAAGAAGACGAAGCAAAAAUGGAACAAAACAGAGACAGUCGACGAAAACAUACAGCAGAAGCGUUUGCAGAGCCGCUUGAAACAAGGGAGGGACUGGAAACCUUCACAAAGGUACACUAUUCUGUGUCUGUUCCGGAUUUAAGACGAUUUCAAGACAACUCUUCCCUGAGAGUAUUGGAGGACCAAAGUGAUGGAAGUGAACAAGACAGAUUCUCCGAGAUUUUGGGUAGAAUUUCGGACACGGAAGAGGCUUUUGAAGCGGUAGAACACGACUGGAUAAAUCAUGUUGCCAACCAUGAGCAAGAAUUUAUCCGUGAAAACGAUUUGUUCUUUUGGGAGGACUCUGAAGAACUAGCAGCGGAGGUAUCAGACUGUGCGAUUGACGAUGGAAAAGUGGGGUUGGAAGGCUCUUAUACAGAACUUACACCAAAACUAGAAAUAUCAACGAAAACUUCUCAAGUCACGAAGGAAGAAGGAGAUGCACGAGAAUCUUCAGCGCAGCCGUUUGUUUGUCGAAUUUUACCAGCUGGAACAAUCCCUUACAUUAGUUCUUCAAAUAUCGAUGGGGAGUAUAUUCGCAUAGUGUUAAGAAGAUUUCAAGAAUUGGGUUGGAGGGACGAUGUUUCACUAACCAAGACUGUUAUUUCAACGGUCGAUGCGAAGAAAAUUAUUAAAGAUACCAUUUCAGUCGUUGCUGCGGAAUCCAACGUUUUAGAUGUUCGUGUUCCAGAAGGUGGUGUUGUUCAUAUUAUUGGUGAUAUUCAUGGACACUUAUAUGAUCUCUCUAGUAUUUUAGAGAAUACUGGCUAUCCCAAUUGUAAGAAUACGCUGCUAUUUAAUGGAGACUAUGUGGACCGAGGAAGUUGGGGAAUAGAGGUUUUGUUGAUUCUUUGUCUACUGAAGUUGUGGGAACCACGAAGAGUAUUUCUUUUGAGAGGAAAUCAUGAGACGUCGUAUUGCAAUGUCAUAUAUGGAUUUCGAAAGGAGUGUAUACAGAAAUAUAAUGUAAAGGUUUAUUUAUCUUGUCAGCAGUUAUUUUGUCAUCUACCUGUUGCUGCUGUUGUUUCGAAUCAUAUUUCAUAUAUAGUCGAUAGAGAUUCUCCUGAACGCCAUUCUGAGAGAGAUGGAAUGAAUGCAAGUGAACGUGCUGGUUCUUUAUGGAAAGGAUGGUGGAAGAACUCGACUAUUCCCGUAGUGUCAACUCCAAAAAGUCGAAAAAAAUUUGCUAUAUUGAAGACACCGUUAGGAUCAAGUGUAGAUAUCGGACAUUAUUUGCACAAAUCUACUGUAGCCUCCAAAAUUGUUCAACAGGAUGUUAUAUGUGGUUCAGUGCCCGACACUUCUCCCAAUAAUUCUAGAGCAGGAUCCGACGAAAGCUUUACUCAACCCCAAAAGAUAUCGUAUCGCUUUUUGACUCCUUUGGAAGAUAAUGAAAGACGAGUUCUUGUUCUGCAUGGAGGGCUGUUUCGUAACUCUUCUGGAAAGUUGGGUACCUUGAAGGAACUUGUACAGAUUCCAAGAAAUCUUCCUGAUCCUACCGGAACGCUGGAAGAUAUACUAUGGUCAGAUCCUGAUUAUAUCUACGGUUUUGGACCAAACCGUAUGCGUGGUGCAGGAAUAGCAUUUGGCCCAGAUAUGACCAAACAAUUCCUUCGCGAUAAUAAUUUAAGUUAUAUCAUUCGUUCCCAUGAAGGUCCGGAUGCCAGAGAGAAAAGGAAGGACUUUCCUAGUUUGAGACAAGGUCAUUCUAUCGAUUUCGUCACAAUUGGAAGAAGAAAGAAAGAAAUUUUUUCUGAAAGCAUACAGAAGGGAGCCUCAAGCUCAGAUUGUGAUUCCAUUGAAACACUUCCUCUUCUAAUUACAGUUUUUUCUGCUCCUGCAUAUCCCGAAGGUCCAAAUGCAAGAAACAAUUUAGGAGCUAUCUGUACCUUAGAUGAGAGUAUGGAACCCUCAUUUGAGACUUUUCAUGCUAAUCAAAGGCCUUGCAAGGCACAAACGACUGCGAUGCUUGUAGAAGACGCAGUGAAGGAUUUACGAGCAGCGGCAUUAGAACGCUCUUCAUUUGGCAGAGUAAUUUUAAAGUUAAGUGGUCGAAACUAUUAAAUAAUAAAUGUAUAAAAUGGAUU